AUGUCCAACGCGCAGCGUAUAUGGUUCGUACCUCGCAACAUGUUCGGCCUGCAGGAGUGGAAGCAUGACAAGUGGAAGUUCCACGGGGUCAUGCGCCCAAAUGGCAGGCAGCGUGGCGAGCGUUCGGUCCGGCGGGUUGCCUGGGCAGUAAGAUCGAACGAUGAGAUACUGAACAUAGAUCCGCAUCUAGAUGGCACGAUACGAGGUCACGGUAAGAGGAACGUAGGAAACGCCACCCACACGGACAACACACGGGCCGCGGAUAUGUUCAAUGCCGUCGUGUUGGCGGUCACGAUCAGUACCACUCAGACCCAAUCACGCUUGUGCGUCAAGUGUUACCUAUGCCACCUCAACCUCAGCCUAGCAGCAUUCAAGGAUGAAGAAUAUUGGUCCUAUGCACCGUUCUCUACUCACAGUUCCACUUCGUCUCGGCGGUGGGGCUCGUCAGAGCUGCGGCCUGAGCACCUCCCGCAGUCCCGAGAUCUCACGGAUCCCGUUCACAUAGGCACAGGAGAUCUUUUUCCGACGUCGUGGUGGUACCUAUCACCUAAGCGCUUGCUUGACACUCCCUUGGAUUGUCCCCUCGUGUUUUUGGGGAACCCGGGAACGCGGAUGCUUGCCACGAGGGAGUGGAUCCGGCAGGAUAUAUAUAAGCUGGGAGGGCUCGCUCGCUCGCUGUCUCUGCAUCCUCUCAGCCGCCGUCACUGGUUCCGAGUGGCUCUCUUGCGACGACUACACUACGGGGUUGUGCCGUUGGCACACACGGUGUACUAUCUCAGCAACAUGCGCAUUCUCAGGGCUAAUCAUCACAGUGCGCUCGCGAUGGACUCGUCCGAGGGUACGCAGUCUCGCACACAGACACUAGGCGGUGUACGACUCGUCCCUUUGUCCUUUAUGUCGAGCAUCGGUGUCACGAUCUAA